GUCCUCCCAACUGAAGGCGGCGCGUUCCAAUAGUUGCCGGCGUCUCCUCUUCUCUUGCUGRUUUCCUGGUCUGUCAGCCGUCCUCAGCAAGCUCCUGGGGGCGAAAGGGCUCCGAGAGGUGAGGGCUCCGAGGGGCGGGAGGCAGGCGGAGGCACCAAGUGCGAUCCAUUGCAAAGAUCUAGGCGUGUAGGAAGCCGGUGCGCGCCCCCGGCAGUGCCGCCGGCCGAACUUGGCCAUCGAGCUGUUCCUYGGCCGGUGGGAAAGACCCCAGAGUGGGCCUGGCCCUGUCGGCCCCGGGGUGAUGUUCCUCGUCACUCUCAACAGGGAUUUGGCAGAGCAGUCAUGUGGCCUUUCGUUUGCUCCCUGGGAGACAUCAGCCACCUCCAAGGGGUACCUGAGCUGCGGCCUGAGGGGCCAACCAUCAACCUGCUUCUAAUCAUUCGCCCUCGGGGUUGGACUCCAGAUUUUUCUGUUCCAGCCCAUAUUUCUCUGAGCAAGCAUAAGUUAAACUACUUCCCAAUGGAUUUUGCACUUCAUAUUUCUGGGGAAGAUGUCCCUUGGCCUGCCGGCCGCCUUUACCCACUUCUCUUUGGUUCUUGAGUUUUGAUUUUUAAUUUUGGAGUCUUCCUUUCAGACCGUCUUUAAAAAUAUGCUAUUCAGGGACCUUCUGUUUCAGAUACGACUUCCCUUUCCGGCUGUCUUUGCUUUCUGGUUUAGAUCUUGUGUGUCCUCGCCACCCAACCUGUAUAUUGGAGCAUCGUCAUGCCCUGCUUUGUCUUGUGGGUAAUCCAUGGUUUCUCUGUCUGCAGCUUUGCUCUCUGGCAGAUUUUAUUCCGUAAGAGGUGGCUCUAGAAUCCCCCAGAAACGAGUGUGGUCUUUUAUUGCAAGGCAUGAUGACUGCAAAAGUGGUUCCCAUAUCCCCAAAGCCAAAGCAGUCCUUUAUAGUGAGAGUUCCUCCAGACUCCAAGCUGGGCCAAGACCUCCUUCAAGAUGCCACUAGUGGGCCCAAGACCAUCCACCAGCUGGUACUGGAGCACUUCCUUACCUUCUUGCCCAAGCCAAGCCUGGUCCAGCCCAGUGAGAAAGUCAAGGAGACCUUGGUUAUUAUGAAGGAUGUGAGUUCAAGCCUUCAGAACAGAGUGCAACCUCGUCCCUUAGUGAAGCUUCUGCCCAGAGAAGGAGUCCAGCAGAAACAGGAGACAGUGUCUCUGUGUUUUAAAGCUGACUCUGAGGAGCUGGUGGUCUUUGAGGAUUUGAAUGUAUUUCACUCCCAAGAGGAAUGUGUGAGCAUGGAUCCUGCUCAACAGCCCACAUCAGAGAAGGACAGUGUUGGAGAGAUGAUGUUACUAACCAAUGACAGUCCUACAAGUGAAGAUCUUCAGAAGGGAAAUUGCGGAGAAAAGUCUUUGGAUGGUGAUGGAGUGGAUUGUUCCUUGGUCUCUGAGCAACCUCCAGGUAGCCAAGAAGAAAGACUAAAUACAUCCAUUCCACAGCAAAGGAAAAUGAGAAAUCUUUUAGUUACUAUUGAAAAUGACACUCCACUAGAGGAGCUCUCGAAAUUUGUGGACAUCAAUGUUAUUGCACUUACUCGGAGUCGGAGAACAAGGAGAUGGUACACUUGCCCACUGUGUGGGAAGCAGUUUAAUGAAAGCUCUUACCUUAUUUCCCACCAGAGGACUCACACUGGAGAGAAACCCUAUGACUGUAGCCACUGUGGGAAAAGCUUCAAUCAUAAAACAAACCUCAAUAAACAUGAGCGAAUCCACACAGGAGAGAAGCCUUAUUCCUGUUCUCAGUGUGGGAAAAACUUUCGUCAGAAUUCUCAUCGGAGUCGCCAUGAAGGAAUCCAUGUAAGGGAGAAGGUAUUUAAGUGUCCAGAAUGUGGGAAAACCUUCCCAAAAAACGAAGAAUUUGUGCUUCACCUGCAGAGUCAUGAGACUGAGAGGCCAUACGGUUGCAAAAAAUGUGGGAGAAGAUUUGGUCGGCUGUCAAACUGUACCCGGCAUGAGAGGACCCACUCUGCAUGUAAGACCCCAAAGCAGAAAUGAGAUUGGGAAUCAUCCUGCCUCAGCCUGAGAAGUUUCACAAGGCUGCCUAAAAACACACAGAUAUGUGAAAACCUCAUUAUAGCCAAAUUUGGAUAAAUACCCAUGUUGGCUAAACCUCAGUUGUUAGAAAAUCCACAGAGAGGGAAAUAUCUUCAAGGGCUAUACCUCAGUUAGCAUCCAGACUUCCUGGACUAAGGAGCUUUCUUUGUGAAGUUGUACAACAAUAUAUAGGUCACAGAUCCUUUUCCCAAGAAUUUAAAUUUGAAAGAGUCUGGGGCUGCUUACAUGCAAGGUGAGCUGGACAGUCACAUCUAUUGAAAUAGAUCUCUUUUCCCUUGCAUGGGAAUUCACACUUGAGAAAAGAGAACACAAAAGUCUUUAUCUGGAAUUGAUCUCCCAGAAAGAACCAAACUACUGGUUUGUUAAGUCAACAGCUUCUAAUAACAGUUCCUAUAACGCUUGCAUAACAUCCUGAUAUGGCUUGAGUGUUGAAUUGUUUACUCUUUGAUAUAGGAAAACUAAAGCAUUUGAAUGUCAAAAGACUUACCCUCAUUUGUAAGUGAUCUAAAAUAAUUAUAAAUUUCAAAAACAUUUGCAAUUUGGGGCUAAAAUGGGCUGUUUUAUAGAAAUCCUUUUCACAUCAUAAUUUGAAGGUCUCUCUACUAUUCUUGAUUCUUUACAGCUGUUAAUCUCAGACAGCUGCCUCAUGCCUCUCCCUUGCCAAAAGAGGUUCAGAUCACUCAGGUCUGACCAUCCAGCACCACUGCUGUCUGGGAAAGCUCUUUAGGAUCUUUUCCCUUUGUGAUCCAAGGUCUUAACUGCUAGGAAGGAAAACCUGGAAGCUAAAGAAAAGUAACAGACCUACAGACAGGAAAAAGUUGGCUUGGAUCCACAACUAGGCAUAACCUCCCUUAGGCUUAAUUCCCCUUUACACAGUCAACAGACCUUUGAAUGGUCACUACCUCACAAGGCAAAGUGUUUAGAGACUAUGCCUUUAGUGGUUAGCUCCAUUGUUUCUCAAGAAAUGGGAUUCUAUGGGUCUUCUUGUAGUGGAUGGUCGUCAUCCUUCCUCCUGAUAGCCAGGCCCUCCUGUGCGACCUGCCUGGAGUCAAGAACAGUGGUGCCUCAAUGGAACUCGUCUCACAUUUUGAUUAGGGAUUCUUGGUCAGUUUUGUUUUUUUUCCCCAAAGUUUUACUUGGUUAUUCUGUGUGGAAUGGGUUCAGCCUAUAAGCCAUUUGGGAAGAUUUAUUAAUUUUCACAGAUUUUUGUUUUAUACCCAGAAACAUGCC